AUGACCCCUGGAGUUUCCAGUUGUCAGUACACUGAAAGUCCUCAGUCCAUCUCCUUUUCUGGAUCAGGCUUCCUGGCCACCUACCAGUUAGGGGUUGCCCAGUGCUUCCUACAUUAUGCACCUUGGAUACUACACUCCGCACCUAGCAUCCUUGGCUCAUCUGCUGGAUCUCUGGUAGCAGCUGCUGUGGUUUGUGAAAUGAAUCUAAUUACCAUUCGGGAUGAGAUGAUUCAUUUUGCCAAGAAAGUGAAGUCUUUUACCCUUGGACCACUUAACCCCUCAAUCAAGUUUUUUCACUGGCUGGAAUGUAUUUUAAACAAGCAUCUUCCGUCUAAUGCACACCAACUGGCCAACGGUCGCCUUGCUGUUACCAUGACCCGUCUGACAGAUGGCGAGCAAAUUCUCAUGUCUGAUUUUGACUCCAAAGAAGAUGUAGUACAGGCACUGCUUUGUAGCUGUUUUUUGCCUGGUUACUGUGGUUUUGUACCUCCAUCAUUCAAAGGAGUAUUCUAUUUGGAUGGUGGCUUAAGCGGCAUUCAGCCUAUAGCACCUGGUUCCUCCAGUCGCACAUUGACCGUAUGCCCAUUUUCUGGAAAGAGUGACAUCUGCCCUGGCGACGCACCAUGUGGGCUGGACAUUGUAACGCAUGGUGUCACUUUCAAGGGCAAUUUGGACAACAGCUUCAGGUUCAUCAAUGCCCUUUACCCAACGACUUUGGAGAAUAUGGAGGAAGCCUUUCACAGUGGCUACAAAGAUGCUGUUCAUUUCCUUCAGAGUAAUGGGCCACUUAGCGUUAAUCAAAAUAUCACAUGGCUUCAUCUGGAAACCAUGGAAGAUGAAGAAGAGAAGAAGAAGCUGGAAAACGGGACCACCAAACUGACAUCUUUUAUAGACAACGGAACCAUUCAGAUGAGCAACUCUACUACACAGGAAGCUGCACAAUAUCCUCCUCUCCAUUUUGAUACAGUGAAAAACGUGUUGCUGGGCAAUGUGAUGACUGAUCUGAACAUGUUUGGACUCCCUGCAAGAAUCCUAUCCUACCUGCUCCUGCCCCUCAUGCUGUCUUAUUAUGCUGUACUGCAGAAUAGGGACAGGCUGGAGUUGUUGUUCAAGCAGAUGCCUGAGUUUCUUCUUUUGACUUGGCACACCAUGAGAGUUUUCGCCUUUUUCUUUUUCGAAGGAACUGUCUCUACCUUCAAGAAGAAUAUAAAUGAAAACAUCAUGCCGGUCAUCCGGGCGCUGUGGCAGAAAGACCAGGCACAGUCUGAGGCAUCACAAGGCCGGAGGCAGCCAUCAUCUUUCAAUGAGUUUUCUUCACAUUCAGAGAAUGCCAGUCAAAAAUCAUCUCAGGUUUACAAGAAACCAAAAAAACAGUCUUUGUCAAAUACUGAUGUAAACAAGUGA